GCGUGAUCGUUUACUAAAAUAAUCAUCAUAAAUUCAACAACAAAUUUGGUGAAAAGUUUAUUGUUUAUACUUACGUAAAAUAUAAUUGUGAUAUUAAAUUGCAAUAUUUGCAAAAUGGUUGAAGACAAAAACGGAUCAGAAAUGCUCACAGACGCUGAGGCAGAAUUAUAUGACAGACAAAUUCGUCUCUGGGGUCUUGAAUCACAAAAAAGAUUACGUUUGGCUAAAAUUUUAUUCGUCAGUUUAAAUGGCUUUACUGCUGAAGUUGCUAAAAAUAUUAUUUUAGCUGGUGUCAAAGAAGUUAAAUUUUUAGAUCACAAAAAUGUCAGUAAGGAAGACUCGUGUUCUCAAUUUCUCGUUGAUAGAAGUGACAUCAAUAAGAAUAGAGCUACUGCAUCUCUUACCAGAGCACAAGCACUCAAUCCAAUGGUUAAUGUAACAGCUGAUGAGUCAAAUAUUGAUGAGAAGCCUGACACAUUUUUCCAAGAAUUUGAUGUUGUAUGUGCAUCAGAAUGUACCAUCACCCAGUUGAACAAAAUCAAUGCAGCUUGUCGUAAAUACAAUGUUAAAUUCUUUGCUGGAGAUGUAUGGGGACAAUUUGGAUUUAACUUUGCUGAUCUCAUGACUCAUGAAUAUGUCAUGGAAGUCACUGUAAGCAAGAAAAAAAUUGGUGGUGGUGGUGGUGAUCCAGAUGCCAAUGGUUUUGAAAGUAUCGUCAGUAAUGUCAAGAAAGUAGAUACAUUUGUACCAUUUGAAAAAAUUCUUGAUGCUCAAAAAUUGCCAAAACGUUCUGAAGACUAUCAUCUCUUUCAAAUUAUGAUGAAUUAUCGUGAAAAACAUGGUAAAGACGUACAUCCAAGUGAACGUGAUUCUGAAGAAUUUUUAAAAGAAGCAAAAGCAAUUGUUGAGGAAUACAAUUUGGGUGACACUAUUAACUAUCUCAUUGAAAGUGAUGUUUAUGCUCAAGUAAGCCCAGUUUGUGCCAUUUUGGGUGGUGUAAUGGGUCAAGAAAUAAUCAAGGCUGUUUCUCAAAAAGAACCACCAAAUAACAAUCUUUUCCUCUUCAACCCAUCAACAAUGUGCGGUAAAGUUCUACGUCUUGGUUAUUAAUUUAUCAAUAUUUUCAUUCGUAACAUUUAAAAAAAAAAAAAUUAAUAUGAAAUAAACGUCGUGAUUUGCACUUGGUUGCAAACAAUUUAUAAGUUACGUAAAUUUGUAUUUUUCAUUGAAAUAACAAACACAUUAUUUUGCUAUUUA